UGUAGGCCAAGAAAAUAUGCUAAUUGAAUGUUCUCCUCAUUAGCCUGUAGCACCUGUUUAUUAUGAUUAUCCCUGAUGAGAGAGCAGGUGUGUGGCCCGAAACAAAAUAAAAGGCUCACCAAUGCGCUUCUAUCUGCUGUUUUACGCGCAGCUAAGAUUUGCUAUGAAUUGGAAGCAGAAAGGAUAUUGCUUGGGUGUUGUUGUCAUCUGCACCAUUGCAAUAAGUUUUCAUCUAGGGGCUAGUGAGCCGGUUGAUUAUUCGGCACGGCCAUCUGAACACCCCGGGUUUAAUAAUGACAUGGAGAGCGCUUUGACUGCGGAAACAUUGGCACCGAGGUCAAGAGAAAGGCGUCAUCGUUUAGGCUCGAGAAAACCCAGCACACUUUUUAUGAAAACAAAAGAAACAUUCGGAGAGACGUCUAAAUUUACUCAAAACAAACCUAAGAUGGAGACUUUAUUAGAUCAAAAUCAGAAUAAUCCGUCUAUUUACUUCAACACUAACUGUUCUAGGGGACAAGUCAAGCCGAUUGUUUAUGGAAGGUUUGACUACAGUGGUACAGAUGUCCAGGCUCAGAUCAGAGAGGAGCUGCAGCCUGUGGUGGAGUGUGCGGCGGACUCGAUGACUCUCACUGUGAGGACCAGAGCUGUGCAGCUCCGUAUCAGCACAGGAAAUGACUCUUCACUUCCUUUGUCGAAGAUACCAUUUUGGUGUGGUUUCUCUGUUCACAAAAAUAUAAGAGAAAUUUCUGUAGUUGCUCACUAUAAUGGCUGUCAUGUUACUGUUCAGAACAAUCGUCAUGUGCUGUCUUUGCUGUGGCGGAGGACAGCUGUAAGGAUAUCAUGUCCAGUGUCUCUAGUGAAGUCCCAGGCUUUGGAUGGACUGUCCCUGUGUUGCUCUCCCUCUGACUUAACCAUCAGCAUUCAAGGCCAGUCUGUGUCCAAGGAGCCCAAUGUAAAUGUCCGGGGUGAGUGGACUCCCCUGCUCGAGUUGGUGCAGCACUGUGGGUACAGUUUGAAAAGAGGAAACGCAGAGAUUGUAAUCACUGUGCCGUUUCUGGCAUGUGGCAUCACAUCAAGAGGAGGAAAUCAUACACUUUCUAUUCAACUUAUGGAAGAAGUAUUUUUCUUCUCAUGUCCCAUAGCUACUAAAAGAUCUUCUCAAUCAAAUCAAGCUCAUGAAUCUACUGCAACAAAAACUAAACCAGUGACACCAGACCUGAAGCCCAAUCAAUGGGCACAACCAUUUUACCUGGCACCGCCCUACUACCCUCGUCCUACACGGCACCACAGAGACCAUGUCCCACAGGUGACUCCUCCGCUCAGGACAAUGAAAUCUCCACUUAAAAAACCACAACAAGAUGAGCAGGGUGACCAAAUACGACCACCAGAGGACUACUACAGUAUGCGGACAUCACUGCGAGACUCGAGCCAAAUUUUUCCUGAUUUCAAAGAUGCUUUUACCAUGAAACAUCCUCCACCAUCACUGAAGGGUUCCAGUCCUAGUAUGCCCCCUCACCACUAUGUUUUCAAUCCAUACUAUCACUACUACCACCUUCCUAAAAUCCCACAGAAUCCUGGUUCUACAGUGGAGCCACGGCACUCAAGUGAAGCGGGUAACAUUACACCUUUGUUUUAUUUGAACUCUGCAACUGAUCUUAAUACCACACCCCCUCCACUGCUCUAUGCCUUCCUGCAGCAUGACCUUAUUGAAAAAAUUAACUUUGGAGAGUCUCAGAAGCCAGUGCAUGGUACGUCUGAAGUCUAUAAACAACACAAUAUGAAGACCGAUGACCUAAGAAUUAAUCCAAAUAUUCAAAUAUCAAAUAUGAAUGAUCAAAGAGCCUUUGUAACAAUGACCCCUGCUGGUGAAUCCACACCUUCUGCCAAACAUUCUACCACGUUCAUUCACCCCCUGCCUUAUAACUACUACCAGUUAUUUUCUGGACCUAAACGUGAGAACCAUCCUAUUCCAGCUUCUAUACUCCCUCCACAACAAAGUGCAGAUCCUAUUAUUCAGAGUGCAGAUGUGCAGCAGAGUUUUGGCUCAGACUUCCAGCCUGUCCCUGAGCUGUUUGUACCAGUACAUGAUGCAGCAGAAACCCUGAUGAAUGAAAGGCAAUCGACUCCAUACUCCGAUCUCUCACCUGACCACAGCCGCUGGGAGGAAUGGGUCAUUCAAGCAGCUCCAGUGAACUAUGCUGUAUUCCCUCUAAUGUCUGUACUAGAAGAACAUCCUGAGGAUGCCAGUGUGCAAGGUCAAACUAGUGCCAGCAUGACCCCGCCCUUUGACGCGCCCAGCUGCCCUGGCACUGUGUCACAUUUCCACUGUUCCAUCUCUCUUGACUGCUCUGCUUUGCCUGUGGAGGAUUGCAUCUUGGGAGAGUACCUUUUGUUUUCCUUACCUGAAUCUGUGGGUGAACCCAAAGUCUCAGAUCCUGAUCACUCCAAAGUAUCCUGUGCCAUUGGCCAUUUGACCUCUAGUCCCAAACUGUACUUUGUGUCCCCAAAAGACUGUGGGGUCACAACACGAGUCAGUGAUUCACUGAUAAACUAUCAGCUAGAACUUGAAACUUGUGACUCUGCCAAUUCCUUAAUGAGCUUUAUGGUGGAAUGUAGCUUCUAUCCUGGUUUUCUCAGAGCAGAGCCACUGUUCAUACUGGACCCUUUGCCACCUCAAUAUACAGCUGCCACCCCCGUACAGAUGAGACUAGCUACAGAUGAGUCACUGAGCUUCCAGCCCUUGGACCACCUUCCCCUCCACAGUUUACGAGGCAGGCUGGUGUAUAUAGAGCUCACACUGCUGCCUCCUGACCCCAGUGUGGCGCUGUGGGUCCACUACUGCUUGGCGUACACUUUAACUCCAUAUGCCAGUGCCAUACUCAUUUACGAUGGCUGUUCCUCUGAAAGCACUUCACAGCAUCUUCUUUCAGUCUAUCCUAACACAAAGUAUAUUGUGGUCAUCAGCUUCCUGUCCUUCACUUCACCAAGUCCUUUAGUCGUGGAUGAUGUGAACCCUGAGGUUUACUUUUUUUGCUCGACUGAGGUAUGCUCUGCAGUACAUGGGGUUUGCUCUGUAGGCUGCAUCAAUUGUAACAGUGAAGACUUUGAAAUGAUAAGGUCCUGAAUGAGAAUGAAUAGACACUUGAACAAGACAAUAUCUAAUAAAAUUAUAAAUGAUAAACACUAAAACCAUUGUAUUUCAUCAUAUGCAAGAAAUACUGUGGACUAUGUUUGGAUCCCCAGACCGGUUCACUUGAAGCUCUUUGCCACUUUUGACUGCGUGCAAUUCCAUGCCCCAGGUGAGGCUGUUGGGCUCUGUGUGGUGAGGCAGUGGCUCCU